UAAAUCCCCCGGGUAUUAUCACCAACCACGUCCCCUGUAAACUCAAUCCCGGUGAUGGCUGGAGGGAGAUGCGCUCGUCCUCGGCGAUAAUCGAUAGACGCAUGCAGGUAGCCUUCCUCCCUCUACACACGCAGCAUCACCACGCAUCCUUACUCCACUGUGCAGUCUCUCUCCUCAUUUUCCUCCUCAUCACCACACAUAUGAGAAAUCGCUCGUAGGGGGGGGGGCCCUGCCUAUUGAUCUCUAAACAUCUGGAACACCUCAUAUUUGUUUUACAAGGCAGAGGCGAACAGUCUGUGCCCGAGAUAAAGGAGUGAGACAGCAGCAGCAGCAGCAGCAGCAGCAGCACCAGGACGGACCACUUGACACCUUGCUUCACGACAUCGAUAUGCAGUAGUGUGAUACCAGCUCUGCGGAGACGGGAAGGCCAGUCUAUGGCAUCUUGAUAUUAAAACCGUGGGCUCUGCGCAUUUCUCACCGACGGCGUGUAGUCUUCUUUUUUUUUUUUUCUUUCCUGCGGAGUCGAAAGGAUUAACUUGGCCAGAUAACGACAGGCGGCGAGGGAGGAAAUCUUAACAAUAAUUCAAUUUGAGCAGAUUCUGUUUUGGGGGGGAUUCGUGAGAUAUCAUUGGACCUGCGAUGGACUCCAGCGCGGGGGAAUAUGGCAUGGCUCGUCUUGGAUUGUUUUUGGUUUUGAUGGGGCUGUGGAGAUUUAGCGAUGCUUGCCCCGCAUCCUGCACUUGCAGCAUCUCAAGGAUUGUUUGUAAUGAUUCUGUACCAGGGAUCGAGGAUUUCCCUGUCCUCACGUUAGACGACAUGGAAAACAUCACCGAGAUAUACAUUGCUAAUCAAAACAGGCUGUUUGACAUGAAUGACAACAGUCUGAGGCACUACAUAAACCUCAGAAACCUAACAGUGAUUAGGACGAGACUGACGUCUAUAUCGUCAGAUGCGUUUUUCAACAAUAUAAGACUUCAAUAUGUAAAUCUCAGAGACAAUAACCUAUCGACACUGUCAUGGAGAACAUUUCAGAACUUCAACACAACAUUCCCGCUCCUCCUGUCUGGAAACCCUCUGGAUUGUGUUUGCGAGAACUUGUGGAUCAAACUGAGGCUCCUAGAAGAAGCUGACAGUCAAGACCUGAAAUGCAUAGAUGAGAGAGAAGUGUCGAAGGAUCUCGCCACACUCUCUCUACCAGACUGCGUGCUUCCCAAAGUAGAGGUCACCCCAAAAAACGUGACUGUGAUGCAGGGGACUGAUGUCAAAGCUCUGUGCACAGCCUCAGGCUCCCCUCCUCCUGAGAUCGUGUGGAACCUUGAUUUUCUCUCUACCCGCUACGAGACUGAUCUUUCUGACAUGGAGAGCAGCACUAUCGCCUUGUCAGGCGUGUCUCCUGAUGACAAUGGGAAGAUGAUCACAUGCAGCGCUGACAACAUGGUCGGUCAGACGGAGGCCUCCAUUCUGCUCAAUAUUCUCUUUGCCCCCACAAUCCAGCAGCUGUUGGAGCCAGAGCAGGACCACCACUGGUGCAUCCCAUUCAGCGUGACGGGGAACCCCAAGCCCGAGCUGAAGUGGUACCACGAGAACCUACCUCUCGAUGAGCAGGACUACAUCCGCACCAUGAUCCACGUGUCCAUCAGGAGCGAGUACCACGGCUGCCUGCAGCUGGUCAACCCCACGCACAUCCACAACGGCGUGUACAGGCUGGUGGCAAAGAACGAGUACGGCCAGGACGAGAAGAACAUCUUAGCCCUGUUCAUUGACCCACCUUAUCCUGACCAUACAGCAGAAGACCUCUAUGACUAUCCUACUGAGCCGACACCCCCUCCACUGGAUGACAGUGUUGCAGUGUAUGUAGUUGUGGGAAUCGCCGGAGUUGCCUUGACCGGCUGCGUUCUGAUGGUGAUCAUUCUGAAAUAUGGAAGAAACUCCAAGUUUGGUAUUAAAGGCUCCUCCUCAGUCAUCAGUAACGACGAUGACUCUGCCAGCCCUCUUCAUCACGUUUCCAAUGGCAACAACACCCCGUCGUCCUCGGAGAUGGGUCCAGAUGCAGUGAUCAUUGGAAUGACAAAGAUUCCUGUCAUUGAGAACCCACAGUACUUCCGUAACUCCGGCAGCAUGCUGAAAUCUGACACGUUCGUCCAGCACAUCAAGAGACACAACAUUGUCCUGAAGCGGGAGCUAGGAGAGGGAGCCUUUGGGAAGGUGUUUCUCGCUGAGUGCUACAACCUGACACCAGACCAGGAGAAGCUCCAUGUGGCAGUCAAGACUCUGAAAGAGGCCAACGAGAGCGGUCGAGCGGACUUCUACAGAGAAGCCGAGCUCCUCACCAACCUGCAACAUGAACACAUCGUCACCUUUUACGGGGUGUGUGUAGAGAGCGACCCCCUUAUCAUGGUGUUUGAAUAUAUGAAACACGGUGACCUAAACAAGUUCCUCAGGUCCCACGGUCCUGAUGCGGUGCUAAUGGCAGACGGUCAACACAGUAUCCUGGUGGAGCUCACCCAGUCCCAGAUGCUGCACAUUGCCCAACAGAUUGCUGCUGGCAUGGUCUACCUGGCCUCCCAGCACUUUGUCCACAGAGACUUGGCAACCAGGAACUGCCUGGUAGGAGAAAACCUGCUGGUGAAGAUAGGAGACUUUGGCAUGUCCAGAGAUGUUUACAGCACAGACUACUACAGAGUGGGAGGUCAUACGAUGCUGCCAAUCCGCUGGAUGCCCCCAGAGAGCAUCAUGUACCGGCGGUUCACCACAGAGAGUGAUGUGUGGAGCCUCGGCGUGGUGCUGUGGGAGAUAUUCACCUACGGCAAGCAGCCCUGGUAUCAGCUCUCCAACAAUGAGGUGAUUGAGUGCAUCACCCAGGGCCGUGUGCUGCAGCGGCCCCGCACCUGUCCUAAAGAAGUGUACGACCUGAUGCUGGGCUGCUGGCAGAGGGAGCCCUACAUGAGGCUGAACAUCAAGGAGAUCCACAGCAUGCUCCAGAGCCUCGCCAAGGCCUCGCCUGUGUACCUGGACAUACUGGGCUGAAGCUGCGGUGUUCUCUGUAUGUACUCUGCGUGCAUGUGUGUGAGCUGGGUAUGUGGACGAGUGGUGGUUGUGUGUAUUUGUCUGCACAUGAUGAGGCGGAGAGGAGCGGAGGAAAUAAGGGUUGUGCAAUUGCGUGAGCGCCCGCGUCUGUGUACAGUACCUGGCUGUAAAUGUUACUGUAAAUGCUAUCGUCCGUGUCCUCAUUAACAUCGAGAAAAGCCUUAAACUUUGAGUGAUUUUCUUUUUUCUUUUCUUUUUUUUUUGCUUUGCUUUUCUUACUGAGUUAUUGUUAUAUUGAGGCAUGUUUCACAAAAAGAAACCAAAAUACAUACAGGAUUAUGUAACUUUAUCCAAACCAUCCACACUCCUAUAUGUUAAAGGCAUAAAAAUAAACGGAAAGCAGAUAAUCAGAAACACUGAUUACUGGGUUAUUCUCCCUUCAUCGCAUUAAGUAAUCAAUCACUCACAUAUUCGAUGGGAACGAACAAAGGGAAAAUAACGCGUCUCCAUAAAGGACAGUGCGCGGACACGACUUUGUAGAUAGAGCUUUGUCUUCUUUGUCACACAGAGCAACACAUUCUGCAGGAAGAUAAAAAAAAAAAAAUACUCAUCGAGUUACAGCUGAUGCUUUUUUCUUUUUUUCUUUUCUAUGUCACAGACUAUUUUAAUAUUUGUAGAAUUUAUAAAUGUUGACUCUGUUUUCAUACCGAGCUGUUGAUUUAAAUCUGUGCUUUUUGAGUCGUCCCCAAAAGCUUCUUUGUUUUUUUUUUAAAACGUAAGUUUGAACCCAUUUAGAUUCUUAUAGAUGCCCGUGUCUGUUAUAUAUAACCUAAUCUGGUCCACUGAAGGACGUCCCAAUGUAAAAAUCAGUGUUGAGGUUGUAAAACACAAAGGGCAUACAACAUUUUCUAUUUCUUUCUUUCUUUCUUUCUUUCUUUCUUUCUUUCUUUCUUUCUUUCUUUCUUUCUUUCUUUUUUUAAUAAUGUCAUUUGUCAUAUUUUAUGUAAAUAUCCGUCACACGAGGUCAUCGAUAUUUACAAAGUGGUGUUUUAAACGUUUGUCGGAGUGCUCUACUCAUCUCACGACCUGUUCAUUCGAUGUAUCUAAAGCACAGAGAAUGAGGACUCGGCGGUGUUGAGCUGUGCCUACUCCCCCCCUCUCACCUAAAAAACAAAAAAAAAAAAGGAAAAAAAGAUGAGCACAGUUUGCUUUGUUUCAUUUUUAUUUAUUUUUUUUAUUUUGUUCAUUCACCAGCAAUGCCAUUUAGCAAAUCGUCGUUGUUCGGUGGCCCUUAUCUGUAAGUGAUGUGGUUUUUGUAUGGCAGGUUUUUCAAAAAUGCUGUGAUGAGACUGUGUUUCAUGAUUUGACAAGAGAAGAUGAUCUUCAUUUCUUUUGCCUAAUUAAAGGGAUUGACAGGGCGUGAUGCAGUUUACUGUGCACUGAUGGAGGAUUUCUUUGUUUUUUAGCACUUUGCUUUUGUACGCACUGUAAGUUUGAUUAUUUAUUUGCAUUACAAGAGUGUAGUUUGAGGAUCUAAUCUUUAAUUCUACAUAGGCAGGCUAAGGAGACCGCAGUUAAAAGGAUUAAUUAAGAGUGUGAUUGGCCUUAAAGUGUCCCAGGGGGGCUUUCAUCUCUCCGAGCGGGGCCCCCAGUCAGCCGGGUGGCGACUGAAGUAGCUCCUCACUUCGGGCAUCAGUAAAGCACAUUUGUAACAAGUUGAGGACCUUAAUGCUUGAAAGCAUCUCGUUCUCUUCUGUGACGGUCCGAGCGUGUAGUACAAACUCCUGUAUUAAUCUUUGCAGCUUCAUGAUGAGCGUUAGAAAACAGUAAGGCUCUUUUGCUGAGACAAUAAGUUAUGUUAAGUGCACUUUGUAGCGUAACUUAACCCCCACCCUCCCCCCCCCAAAUGCACAACCUGAGCGGCUGUGCUCGGCACUCUCCGCCUCGUCCUCAACUGCACUUAAUAACAACAACAAAAAAAAUAUGUCACCCUUGCUAUGCUGGCCAUGACUGAAGCAAGUCCUAAACUCUGACACACUGUCGUUGCUGAAAAUGACCCUCUAUGUUUUUAUUACAGCGUUUGUCAGUUCUGUAUAAUAGUCACGUGUCUGCUGUACAUAACUCGCUGUCCAUUCUGUACAGUUCUGAUAUUUGUCUAUAUCAAUAGUAGGCUAUGUUUAAUAGUAUAAUCUGUUUUAAGCAGGUAUCAUGUCAAAAAACUGUGUGACAUCUAUUGAAGACAACGUGUUAUGGGCCACUGGCAAUACAUACUAUAUGUAAAUACUGAUUUUAUUUGUGCUACAUUGUAUAAUUUCUUUGUGCUCGUUCAUAAUACCAGUGAGAAUACAAUCCUUUUUUUUUUUUUUUUUGGCAACUUUUGAUCUGCGGAGGACUUUAUUUGAACAAUGUGUUUUUUUUUUUUUCUCUGAAGACAACAACAAAAAAAAAAAACACAAAAAAAAGAGAAAAUGAUCUCCUCUUUCCUCUCCACUGUGAUGGGGAGCUUACACAGAGGCUGUUUGAGAUGCUGUCUGUCUGUAGGAGCCACCAUAGACUCUGGAUCUGAUUCAAACAUCGAGAUCUCUCCUAACUGACAGGUGUCCCGGGGGCCCGGCAGACGUGUGUGGCCCAAUGGCAAUGGUCGCCUCUUGGCCCAAAAAAAAAAAAAAAACCCACCACUCAACCUCUGACUGACUGUAGCCUAUUUUGAUCCUCUUUCAGAUGAAUAACUGUGACUUUGCAUCAUGAAUAGUAUAUUAUUUUGAAUGUAAUCUAGAAGGGUCGGGACCUUUUUUUUGAAUGUAAUCUAUCUGGGGAGGGGAGGGGAGGGGAGGGAGGGUUGAGGAUUUUUUUGUAAAUAUAUGGUAAAAGAAAAAAAGAUUACAGUUUUCAUUCCUGUGCAGAUAACAACAAUUUUACUUACUGUGUGAAUACAAAGAAAGAGCGUGUGUGUCCGUGUGUGUGUGUGACUAAUGUCUCAGAGAUGGUGGACAUCUGUAUGCAAGAGUGUGUGUGUGAGUGUGUGUGUGUGUGUGUGUGUGUGCGCUCUCCUGGCAGAUUUAAUCCUGCUUUAAUCAGCCAGUUCUAUCAAUCAAUUCAAUGCUUUGUGCAUCAUGUGAGUAGCUUAUCCACAAUUAAUGGAAAUGUUCCUUGUGAUACUGUGCAUUUAAUAAAGGUGGUAUGUCUUACAAUA